AGAAGUGAUGCACCGGAAGUGAUGGUCUCGCUCUUUCUAAUGGAACCAGAUCGCGUCUCGUGGCUUCUCUCGUGUGUUCUCUCGCUACAUCCAUGGUUCUCUCUCGGUGUUCCUGAGGAAGUGUGUGUGCACAGCUGAUCCAUCCAUCGUCUGUGUGUCUGGAUGAACCUCUGACUUUGUGCUCUUUCUUCUGAAGCCUCUAGCUCGGACUCUAGAAGCUAGCUUAGCAUGCUAGCUGGUAACACGCUAGCAACACAGAGUGAGAGAAACGGGAAGUGGUGAUUUAGUAAACAUGAGUGUUGUGCUGCUCUCGUUGGUGAAGCAGCGACUCACUGCGGCUGCUGAAGACAUCUUUGUUCUGUUUGAAAGAACGAUAGCAAAGUACGAGGAGGAACUGUCUCGUUCAAAACAGGAGAACGAGAGACACCGGAAACUACUGGACGCUGUUUUACAGCCUCAGCUUCAGAUCCACAGAGCAGACGUCCAGCAGCUGGUGGUGGUUAAAGAAGAGGUUCCCCCUGCUCAGCAGGAGUGGAGCUCCAGUCUGGAUCGGGAGGACUCAGAGCCCCCCCCACACAUUAAAGAGGAACAGGAGGAACUCUGGAUCAGUCAGGAGGGAGAGCAGCUUCAAGCGCUGGAGGAGGCUGAUAUCACCAAGUCCAUAUUCAAUCCUGUCCCUGUGAAGAGUGAAGAUGAUGAAGAGAAACCUCAGUUCUCUCAGCUUCAUCAAAGACAAACUGAACACCUGGAAACAGAAGCUGAUGGAGAGGACUGUGGAGGACCAGAACCAGCCAGGAACUCAGAUCCAGAGAGACAUUUACAACCAGAGACUGAGGACAACACUGGAGACUCUUUUGAACCUGACACUGAAAACUCUUCUGAACCUGACACUGAAGACAGGGCUGAUUGGAAGAAGACGAGAGAACCAGGUUCAAACUCUCAGAAAAAUAAACAAGACCCUGUCUGUGAUUCAAGACAUAGUGCAGGAGAGAAACCAUUCAGCUGCUCAGUCUGUGAGAGAACUUUUGCACUGAGAGGAAAUGUAAAGAAACACAUGAGAAUCCACACAGGAGAGAAACCAUUCAGCUGCUCAAUUUGUAAGAAAUCUUUUGGACAGAGAGGACAUUUAAAGUACCACAUGAGAAUCCACACAGGAGAGAACCCAUUCAUCUGCUCAAUUUGUAAGAAAUCUUUUGGACAGAAAGGAGAUUUAAAGAAACACAUGAGAAUCCACACAGGAGAGAAACCAUUCAUCUGCUCAAUUUGUAAGAAAUCUUUUGCACAGAGAGGAAAUUUAAAGACACACAUGAGAAUCCACACAAUAGAGAAACCAUUCAGCUGCUCAAUUUGUAAGAAAUCUUUUGGACAGAGAGGACAUUUAAAAUACCACAUGAGAAUCCACACAGGAGAAAAACCAUUCAGCUGCAGUGUUUGUGACCAAAGAUUCACCCGGAGAUAUCGGGUAAAACUUCAUAAGUGUGUUGGUCGUCAGUCCUCACAGCUUUAUCAAACUCAAACUGAGGAGAACAGAGAGGCAGAGCCUCCAGCCAGCAUCUCAGCUGAACACCUGGAAACAGAAGCUGAUAGAGAGGACUGUGGAGGUCCAGAACCAGCCAGGAACUCAGAUCCAGAGAGACAUUUACAACCAGAGACUGAGGACAACUCUGGAGACUCUUCAGAACCUGAGACUGAAGACAGUGAUUAUUGUUAGGUUUAAACUCUUUGAGUUAGUCCCAGUAAGUGUGUAUAACGCGAUACCUGCUCUGAGUGUGAUAAAAUAUCAUUGCUCUAAGUCAAGUCUGAAUGUGCAUUAAAACAAAUAUUAAGCACAGAAACAAGUCCAUUUGGCUCUAAUGACACCAAAGUAACCAACACUUAUGGCGACACUGACAAAGAACCAGAGCCAGCCUAGAACAUGACUUUAGCUUCUCCUGACCCUGAAAUCAGUGGUGAUUGGAAAGAUCUGUUAUUCCGGUUAAACACUCUGAACCAGUGGUUCUCAACUGGUCAGGCCUCGGGACGCACUUUUUUCCUUUGUCAAUAAAUCGCGAUCCGACAUUUGUUUAUUUGCUUUUCAGCAGACAAAAUCAAUUAAAGUGAAGUACAGUGCAUAUAUCCCUUAUAUCCCUUCACAGAACUAAAGUAUGCUUUUUAAAAAGGUUAAAUGAGAUGAUGGAAUCAAAGCUGAACUGUAUAACAUAAAAAGGCACACAUGCUGAAAAUCCAACCCCAGCAGGGGCCAAUUUGUGGCGUAGGGAUCUUACAAUUUCAGAGGCGUUUUUGUAGAAAUACUACGUCCUACGUUGUGGACCAACGUAGUUAGAAGCUUCUGUCUCUUUCUUCACCUCUAAAACUACAAUGCAUGUUAAUAAAAGCACCGAAUAGCAGUCAAGGAGGAACAGGCCUGCGUGUUAUUAAGAUAACAUAAGAUGAGAUAAAAAGUACUUUAUUGAUCCCAAUUAGGGAAAUGUUUGUGUGGCAGCAGCAUAAAAAGACAAGACAUUGAACAUUAGAGAAAUGAAAAGACUAGAAAUAAACAAUCCAACAUGUAAACAAUACAUGCACUUGUUUUGAAAAGAGGAUUACAAAUAUUAUUAUAUUUAAAUAUCAGAUAGUUGGCAAAUGGCAUUUUCCCUGUGUCCUUUCUUCUUGGUGACCAACUUCCAUGUGAAAUGACAUAUUAUUUGUUACUUUAUUUAUUUAAUGACUUCAUUGCUUUAUUUCUAUUUAUAUAAAUAUAUAUCCUGUGUUCCUCUGCUGCCACCUUCAGGAUAGCUAGAGUAACAUCAGCUCUACUGGACUCACUAUCUGCUUUGGAAAGCAUACAGUUGACAAUAACUGUUAGAGAAGAUUUAAUCAUUGAACUUAACCACUGCUUACUGAGACUUCAGAAUCAGAAACAGGUUUAUCACCAGGUGGGUUCACACAUACGAGGAAUUUGACUUGAUGUCAUGGUGCAGACAUUACAUAUAAAACAAGAAAUCUAAUAUAAAACAGAACAUCUUUAAGGACACCAUAAUAAAAUAUUGUUAAAUAGCAAUAAAAUAAAGCGGUAAUUUACAGUGAAAUAGAGUGCAGUGAAUUAUAGAAUAUAGAAUAUGAAAUAAGAAUAUUUGCAGUAAGCAGUAUUUGAGCAUUGUGUGCAUGAAUGUAAUGCAUAUAGAGUCUAUGAUGUGGCUGAGGUAAAGUGUCAGUGGGGGGGCCGGGCCUUGUUUAACCCUUGUGUUGUGUUCAAAAGCUGUUACCGUUCAUGGUGGUCGCGGGUCAGUUUUGAC